UGAGAGCCUCAGACAAUUUUUCCAAUAUCGUGUCGGGCAUCUCACAAGUCAGCCGAUAUUCUAGAGCCGCCUGUAGACUCAAAGUUUUGCGUCAGGGUUCUUUGGCUCGAAACGUCCUAGACUUACCAGACCAGGUAAGCCGGAAUGGAUCUGGUUUCAUCGCCAUAUCAGCGUCAGUGUCAUAGAAGUGGCUUAAAUCGAAGGAGGGGUGAUCAUGUGACUGAUCAAUUACCUCAUUGAGAGGGUAUCCCGCACUUAUGCCCCAUUUCCCGCAUGGACCUGAACUCCCAAUUUUGUGUCUGUCUGGGGAUAGAGUUGCAUUAGGCAGUCAAUGCAGUUUGGCUCUGGCGGUGUCGGCAAUUUCGAGGUCUGGGCCAGUCCCACCAAAUUCACAUUCUUGUAACUUCCAAAGCUUUUGAGUCGGCGUAAGGUGGAUCCAGAUUUUCAGACACCAGCCAUACUGUUACCGCCCAGGAAUCAGCUGUCUGCGAUUGUCGGGAACCAGCUACCACUGGUGCAACAGACAUUUACCCAAACUAAGAAAUCAGGCUGCGAAAUCUGGGGCUCUUUGGUUCCAGAUGUCGGUUCCUGGGCUCGGCACAGUUUUCUCUACAAUACUCGGGAAGUUUGGCCACCAUCGUUUUUUAGAUUGUCCCCAGAUUUGAUCCAGGCUAUAUAAGACUCUCGGACUGCUCUCUGAUUCCGAUCUAACGUUCAUCUUGUUCAAAAUAGAAAACAGACACUUAUAGAUUUUACAUCUCUUUUGUCAAAGUAAUUCUAAUACCCUAUACAAUGUCUACCGGAUUCUUAACUACCAAGAACACCAAGAUCGUCGAUGCUAACGGAACCCCAGUCGUUCUUGUCGGUACUGCCAUCGGUGGUCACUUGAACAUGGAAAACUUCAUCACUGGUUACCCAGGUCACGAAACCGAACACAAGAAGGUCUUGAAGAAGAAGAUCGGUGAAGAAAAGUUCAACUUCUUCUUUGACAAGUUCUACGAAUACUUCUGGACUGAAAAGGAUGCCGAAUUCUACAAGAACGAAUUGGGCUUCAACUGUUUGAGAAUUCCUUUCAACUACCGUCACUUCAUCGAUGACGAAGUUGACUUGUUCAAGAUCAACCCUAAGGGUUUCGAAAGAUUGGACAGAGUCAUCGACAUCUGUUCCAAGUACGGUAUCUACACCAUCUUGGACUUGCACGCUACUCCAGGUGGUCAAAACCAGGACUGGCACGCUGACUCCGGUAUCCACAAGUCUAUCUUCUGGGACUUCAAGGUCUUCCAAGACUCUAUGGUCAACUUGUGGGUUGAACUUGCCAAGCACUACAAGGACAACACCUGGGUUGCUGGUUACAAUCCUUUGAACGAACCUGCUUCGCCAGACCACCUGAAGUUGGUCAACUUCUACCAAAGAUUGCAAGAUGAAGUCAGACCAAUUGACCCUCACCACAUCUUCUUCCUUGACGGUAACACUUACUCCAUGGACUUCAGACAAUUCCCAGCUCCAAAGGACUUCAUUCCUAACUCUGUCUACUCCAUCCACGACUACUCUACCUUCGGUUUCCCAAACAUCCAAGGUACCUUGUACGCCGGUACUGCUGCUGAAAAGGACAAGUUGAAGAGACAAUACGACCGUAAGGUUGAAUACCAUCUUGAACACAAUGUUCCCGUCUGGAACGGUGAAUUCGGUCCAGUCUACGCUUCUAAGGAAAGAGGUGAUGAAGACCCAGACACCAUCAACAGAGCUCGUUACCAAGUGUUGAAGGACCAAUUGGCCAUCUACAAGAAGGGUGACCCAUCUGGUGACGGUACCCCAAUCUCCUGGUCCAUUUGGUUGUACAAGGACAUUGGUUACCAAGGUUUGACUUACGUUGACCCUGAAUCCAAGUGGUACAAGGUCUUCGGUGAAUUCUUGUUGAAGAAGAAGAAGUUGGGUCUCGACAGAUGGGGUAACGACAUCGACCCAGCCUACAACAAGUUGUACCAGGACUUGAUCGACCACAUCCACAGCAACGUCCCAGAAAAGUACCACAAGGCUCUUUACCCUCACGGCUGGACCACUCAAGACUACUUGUUCAGAGUUGCUAAGGACAUGUUGUUCUCUCAAUACGCUCAACACGAAUACGCUGACUUGUUCGUCGGUCUUUCGUUUGAAGAAUUGGACGAACUUGCUGCUUCCUUCAAGUUUGAAAACAUCAAGCAAAGAAAGGAAUUGAACGAAAUCUUGAAGGACUACUAGAGAUGCAAUCUCGUUCAAUAGAGAGAUGCUAGGUGAUGAGGCGAAAAAUUUGACUAUCUGACUUUAUAGAGUAAAAUACACAUAAUUUGUGUCU